AUGGGGGACUUUUCGUAUGCAUUCCGCAUUUUGAGUUAUCCAUUGGUCUUGUUUACUUUCUGUUUAGGUAUCUCCUUGACUGUUGGAAGCAUUAUAGGCGAGCUACGCGCUGGUCGCGCUUCAUAUGCCAUCAUGUAUCAUAUGGCGCAACGACACAAUGGCGAGAGAAAGCCGCUGCAUAUUUUAUAUCUCUCGCCACUAUCUGCAAUUUUCAUGCACGCUGGACUUUUGAUAUUCGGGGGACUUUUGGGGAAAACGGGGUUGGUGGGACCUUUUAUUGGGCUUGGGAUAGGUUCUUUCAGUCUUCAAAUAUGCUCUACAACGCUCUACUCUUACAUCUCCGAUUGUUACAAGCCGCAAACCCCGGAGACGGGGAUACUUUUUAAUAUUUCGAGAGAAUCAUCAUUUUUAGUGGGUUAUUUUGCUUUGCCUCUAGCUGAAAGUAUCGGCUAUUUCUGGGCUUGGUAUAACUUCGCUGGUCUUUUUGGGUUGAGUGAUAUACCAGUGGGAAUGUUGAUAUGGUGGGGAGAGAGUUGGAGAGAGAAAAUGGGGAAGGUGAAGUGGGGUGGUGACGUAUAAGUUCAGAAAGCUCCCUUCAGCUACUGGGCUGUGUUUCUAAUAUUGAAUCUAGAAAUAUUCAUUCGAGUAGACUUAAAUGUAGGAUGUAUUUGGUAGAAAUUAUUAUAAGCGAGAUUUGAAUAUCUGC